AUGGCUGUAUCUCGCUCCUCGCCCUCUCCCUCGCCAAGACUUGUGAAGCACCGGGACGUGUCUGCUCCUUCUCGUAAAGUGCACCCGUCCACCAGCUUUGCUGCCACCACCGAGGGGGGACCGUCUGCCUCCUCCACCCAGCGACUGCAGCAGGCCGCUGGUGACCGGCAGCAGCCGACUGCGCCGUCCACGGCUCCGCCCGGUCGGGUGGCAACCCCGGCAACCACGCCUGAGGCGCGGGAUGCUGCCCCACGCAGGCGUCGCCGUCGCGGGGGCCGGGUUUCCCCUGCCGCUGCGCAACCGACUGCCGCCGACACUCUGCCGCGGCAGCAGCCGGCAACUCGUGCUGCGCCGCCACUGGAACUGGAUGCCGAUGUUCCACGGCAGUCGCCUUCUACGAAGCGGUCGCAACGAGCCGCCCCCGUAGCGGAGACCGCCCCAGCGGCCCCCGCCGCCCCCUCGGCUCCCGACGCAGCUGAGCUCCGAUCGCUUUUGCGGUCGUCGAGCCAGCUGCUCAAGCAACUCCCGGUGCUAGUCACCGCGGUCACGACGGCCCUGCGGGCCGGCGUUGCUGCUUCUCCCCGCCACGGAUAA